UGCCUGUCCCGCUGAGUUACUCCAACAUUUCGUGUCUAUCUUCGGUUUAAACCAGCACCUGCAGUUCUUCCCUGCAAAUAAUGUCGCUCCUUCGGCUUAAACCCUGGAGACUCCGGGACAGUUCUGCAGAGGUGGUUUCUGCGCUCCGAUCCCACGGCAGAGCUAAUCAGGGCUGGUGCUGUCCGUUGUUAGGAAGGUGAAGCAUGAACGGUGAGCGGAGGCUUCCUGUGUAGGCUUGAAAUGACGGUGCUGCCGCUGCUGAGCUUGUUGCGUGAUGCAUUUCCGCUCGCUGAAAGGAUCAAGGCUGCGAUGCGAUUUCAGCGGAGAGCAAGCAAGAGGAGCGCACCUUUCUGGAUGGCAGAUGUGCUUCAUAUUUCUUCUGACAAGCCUCAAAAGUCUGAAUCUCUCCCUUCUAUUCAGAUCAGUAUGUUUGCUAUUGAGGCACUGGGAACCCCAGAGGUGUCUUCAAACUCUCAACUUUGCAAUGGAGCACAUGAUCGACAAAUCAGGAGUGAAACCAUUUGUACGUCCGAGGUCAUGCAGGACAAGAAUUCUAACUUUGUGGUGGAGAUAUACAACACGAAUGAGAACUUCAGUCUCCUUCAGCCCGCUGGGACCACGUCCAGUGGUAGCCCCAAACUAAAAAGCGAACCCAACUUGCAAGUGAAGAAAGAGAAAUGCAAUUCCAACAUGGUGGUAGGAUCUUUGAGUUUGGAAUCGGGGGGAACCAGGCCAAUUUCUGCUGAGCGUGUCCGAAUUCCACCAGAGGGAGCUGAAGUAGACCACGCCAGCAAACUUCCCAAGGUUAGGGAUUGUGAAGAGUUUGUUGUCUCACCUUCAGAUGACAAUGGCUAUUCCAGCAGCUGCCUGAGUAUUGAAAGCCCAGACAGUGUGGAGGGAAACGUUUGGGAGACGUCGGAAACUGUCAAGCGAGAUAAACUCGAUCCUUGGCUACCAACGGCAGAAGCUGAGGCUGAAAGUAUUCCAGGGACUCCGCCUGCUGCAGAUUGCUUGCUGCCGUCAAUAUUUGAGGCAGUCCAGAGUCUUCAAGAGAAACAAAGGUUCAAAGAGCAAGAGAAGGAGAAGCACCAAACGCAAGUGGUCAUGUACCGACGCCUCGCCUUGCUGAGAUGGAUCCGCAGCCUCCAGCACAAAGUCGUGGACCACCAAAACCGGCUGCAGGAGAGUUAUGACACCAUCUUAAGCAACCGCAAAGAGCUGCUCAAGUUCAUCAAACAGGGAGUCAUCUAGCAGGAAGACAACUAAUGCAUUCAAAACCAUUUUUUGGAGUCUUGCGAGCAUGAGAAUAUGUCUUCACAAUUGUAGGUAUACAGAAAAGCAAUCAAAUUUAAGGAGAUUCAGUUAUUCAUCUUGGAAGAUGGAAAAUAUAAGCAACAUUAAUAUAUUUAUUUGUUUAAUGGAAUGGGAAGAUUAUUUUUUCAAUGUUCUUGCUGCUUCUUGAAUUGACAAUCCCUCUGCUUUUAAGGUUGGCUUCUAGAAUGCAGUGGGAAUUAAAUUGUUAAACAAAGGAGAUUAAUUUGGGAGACAGCAGCGAAAGAAUUAGUUUUGUUAUUUGCUGCACUCAGUGAUAUUAUUGACUAAGGCCAUCACAUAAUCUCUACUGAGAUUUGUGGUUAAUUGUAAAAAAGAAAAUUAAUCUCGCUUCCCUGUACUAUCCAGAAAGGCCACCUCCAAUCAAAGAUGUUAUGCUUGGAUCUUGUGCUGUUACCUUUUCAGUUGCUAACUUGCAGUACUAUAUUUUUCAAUUCACAAUUCUUUAUUGGUAAACCAACUCCAUGUGCUGCUGUUCUUAUAAAUGUAACCUUUUUAAAAUAACUUCCAUGUUGAUUAGUAAUCAAAUUAGGGUGACGGACAAUUGAUGCAGAAAUGCUGCUUCAGGACAGUUUCCCUUCACCUAAGUUGAAGUUGCUAGUUGAUUUAAAAAGACAAGGUGCAUGCAAGGAGCCAAGGAUUUUUCUUGGUGUCUUAUCUCUGCUGUUGGAGAUCCUGAUAUUACUACAACUUUUAUUUGCUUUUGUUAUCAAGAAUUUUGGGUUAGAUGUAACUUAUGCUUCUUGUACUUUUUGUUAUGCCUCAAAUAUCCCUGCAUUAGACUCUGUACAUUAUUUAAGCUGUAUUUGUUUGACUUUAUUUUAAUAUAAAGAUUGAAUUUGGAGAAAUGUGCUAAAACAUGAAAGAUUAUUUUAUUCAUAUUACCUGUUUAAUGUGUGGCAAAUCAGAGUCCUAUUUGUUAUGAAACUAAUGGACCAAUGGUGUUAAGUUUAUUUGCAAUCACUAAUUAUAUUAGAGGUUGGAUCCAGAAAAAAAUGCAUUACCUGCAACAGAUUCACAGCUGUUAACAAAAUGUAACGAUGAUAUUAAAAGUUAGCAUGUUGAAUAACUAUUGUAUCCAUUGGCUCAUGGGGAUCAUUUAUAUAUAGAUGAGGUUUAUAAGAUGCAAUCUUAAGUCUGAACUUGCAUAGGCCACAUAGGCAGCAAAGUAUUGUGAGCCGAACAAUAUAUGGACCCUUUACAAAGAAAGCCUGUGUUCUUAAACUACUGCAUUGAAAGACCAAUUGAAUGGAUUUUGCAUGUCUGAAAUUUGAGGAAACCCUCCCAUGGAUUGAGCUGAAUGGCAUGAAAGGAAAUGGACCAUAAUGAUUUUUAUUUCUUGUUAGAUUAAGACAUUUUGAUGUUCAUGUAGGCAUGAUUACUUGAAUGUAAAAAUAGCUGCUAUCAUAUCUAAUGUUAAGCAAGUGGACAGAAAAUGCAGUUAUCUCAUUUGUGCUAUGGUUUUGUUUGGGACUCCGAAUAUUGUUAAAAAGUGCAGUUGCAUACUUUUUUAUUUCCUGAAUAAUGACUACCAUCACCAUAAUGUGUGUGAUCAAUAGGAGUUUCUGAUGUGCAAUUAUCAAUAUAAUAAACUGUCUAUUUAUAUAACCAUA